AUGUCUUUGGAGCCAGCAUCAGACGUUAAUGCUGGCAAGAGAGGCCUCAAGAAGCCGUGUUCGUUCAGCAUUGAGGACAUCCUCUCCAGCCCGGCAGAGAAGAGCCCCCAGGUCCUGGUCCCUCUGUGCCUCCAGAGCAUCUUGGGCAGCGCACCCAAGGGGUUAUGUGAGCUGGAGACCAUCCCAGCCAGCUCCCUGCAGGAGGAGGAGGAGGAGGAAGAAGAGCUGGAAGGGACAGGCUGCAACUGCUGCUGCUGUUCUCACACGAGUGCCCGUUCCCUGCAGGACUCGAUGAGCUGGCUGGAUGUCCAGCUCCCCUGGCCCAUGCGGCUUUUCCACUCGGCAGUCAGGGUCUGUAAGGGUCCACAGGGGAACAUGAGCGAGGUACAGACCUUCCACCAGAUCCAGCGCCGGACGCGCCGGCAUCGCACCAUAUUCACUGAAGACCAGCUGCAGGCCCUGGAGACGCUUUUCCAUCAGAACCAGUACCCAGACGUCAUCACCCGGGAGCACCUGGCAAACCGCAUUCACCUCAAGGAGGAGAGGGUGGAGGUUUGGUUUAAAAAUCGUCGGGCCAAGUGGCGGCAUCAGAAGAGAGCGUCUGCUUCAGCACUGAUCCUUCAGCGCACUCAGCAGCCCCCUGAGGACAGCUGUUAG